AUGAAAAGUUACAUUAUUCCAUUUCAAAGCGAGCAUGAACUCUGCGCCAGCCUGUCAAUCGAUCAUGGACGACUAGUGGCCGAGACGCAGAAGCACUAUCUUCCAAGUCACCCACUGAUUUCCCUGGAAGAGGACGAGAUCCUGCCGUUCGUGGAGAAAGAUCUCCUAACGCCGUCACUAAAUCGUAUGUCUCCUUGGCUAUGGCUGCUGGCGACACCGAUGAGCACGCAUGUCUCCGCCCUGCACGCGCAAAUCGUUCGAGGGCGAAACAUCGUCGUCGCCGAGGACCCCGAGCUCCAUCUCGUCUGGAUCAGCGACAGGGUCUUCGUCAAGCCGCUACCGACUUACCUUCUCUCUCAUGCCUUCUGGUCAUACCUCAUGCUCUCAAGCAAAGCAGAGUCGGAGAACGGCCGAUGUCACACAAAGCAGAUCUUGCAGGCCGCCCUGGGAUACGUGCGCACAUAUACGCACCUCAUCCAGCACGAGUCAGAUUUGCGAAUCGCACAACGAGAGUGUCUCGUCCCGCAAUGCCUCGACCUCGAAACCUGGGCGGCGUUCAUAAGAGAUUUUAGAAGCAUCGAGGACUGGCAAGUCUCCGGCAGAUAUCACUACGGGGAACUCAGACUCACAAGGCUCAAUUUCUGGGCCAAACCGCUGUUGAGACGCUUGUACUUCCGCAAGGCGACGUGGCCGUACGCAGAACACUUCGCUAAGUACUUCGCACCUUUGCUUUUCAUCUUUGGCAUGUGGAGUUUGGUACUGGGCAGUAUGCAGGUGGGGCUACAAGCUCGACCAAGCUGGGACAUACUCGGUGACUUGGGCGCAUGGUUUACUGUCGCAACAUUGGCCAGUGUGCUGGCGGUGGCGGCCUUCCUUCUGGGUGGCUUCUGCAUCCUUGCAGGACGAGAGAUGUGGUACGCGUUUGGCAAGCAAAUUCGCAAGCGCAGGCAGAGAAGAGAAGCAAGAGCUGCACCAGUCUCGAAGGUCGAGGCAGAGGAAAAUCCAUGA